CUCUAUAUAAAAUCACGGAGUUACCAUAUUUCUCUUUCGUAGUUUGUUUCAUCACUGCGAAGUAUUAAAUUUCGCGAUCUGAAUAAACCCUUCUUCCUUCUUCAGCGAUUCAAUUCAAUGGAUAAAGGAAAGGGUGUGAUGGGUUCUUCAGGACGAAGAUGGGCCGUUGAUUUCUCCGAUAACUCAACUUCUCGCGAUUUCAUCGAUCCUCCCGGUUUCUCACGCGCUUCCCUCAAUCAAGACGAUUCUACCCUUAGUCGCCAAAAGAAAGAUGCUGAAUCCAAUUGGAAAUCUCAGAAAGCUUGGGAAGUUGCACAAGCACCAUUUAAGAACUUGUUAAUGAUGUGGAUGGCUGGUAAUACUGUUCACUUGUUUAGUAUUGGUAUUACCUUCUCAGCUCUUUGGCAACCCAUAAGUGCCUUACAGAGUGUUGGAAAAAGUAAGUAUCAUUUCUAUCUCUCUUGUACAGCUUAAUCACACUGAGGCUAAU